AUGGAGUUGACAAAUAUUCAGGUUCCCAACGGCAGGGUUGUUAGAGUUCCUACGGGACUGUUCAUCAAUGGUGCAUUCGUUCCUGGCCAGACCGGUUCCACCGUCGACGUGCGAAACCCGCUGAACGAGGAACUAUUGGCCAAAUUGGCAUCUGCGCAAAAGGCAGACGUUGACAUUGCAGUCGAUGCAGCAGCAGCAGCCUUGAAAGAGUGGAGGACGGUUUCGGCUAUCCGGAGAGGUUAUCUCCUGAGUCGAUUAGCAGAUCUCAUCGAGCAACACGCCGAGGAUUUCGCAACGAUCGAGGCUAUAGAUGCUGGGAUACUAUACAACGACUCCUUACGUGGCCACGUCAAACAUGCAGUGAACACACUUCAAUACUACGCAGGACUGGCUGGUCAGAUUGAGGGCGAUGCACUUGAAAUCCCCAAUGGCUUCGCGUACACUCGCCGCCAGCCUUUUGGGAUAUGCGCUGCGAUUAUCCCGUGGAAUGCACCGUUGAUGAUUACCUGUUGGAAGCUAGGGCCUGCUAUUGCAAGCGGGAACGUCUUGAUUAUCAAGACGCCAGAAUUGGCGCCCUUUUAUGGGCAGAAGCUUGCUCAGCUGGCAGUUGAGGCCGGUUUUCCGCCUGGCGUGGUCAACAUCCUCUGCGGGUUGGGGCCGGAAGCAGGCCAAGCAAUUGCUGAUCAUAUGAUGAUCAGGAAGGUUGCCUUCACAGGCAGCGGCAGCACCGGGCGCAGCAUUCUCCGUGCUGCUGCAAACACGAAUCUCAAGAAGGUCACCCUUGAAUUGGGCGGCAAAGGCCCCGGCCUCAUUUUCCCCGAUGCAGAUCUCAAAAAUGCCGCUUUCUGGGCAAGUCUCGGCUCCAGUGCCAACAACGGGCAGAUCUGUGCUCUCAUGUCUCGGCUCUACGUGCAUGAGAGCGUUUACGACGAGUUUCUUGGCCUUUUCAAAAAGCAUUCCCAAGAACAAGUGAGGCAAGGCGACCCAACAAACCUGGAGGUUGGCAAAGGACCUGUUGUCAGCCGUGGCCAAUAUGAAAGAAUCAUGUCAUACAUCGAGAAGGGUCGGGAGGAGGGGGCCACGGUUCUUUUCGGUGGCCACUCUAUUUGGAGCGGGAACUUUGUGCCACACACUGCCUUCGUUGAUGUCACGGAGGGGAUGAGCAUCGUGAAGGAAGAAAUCUUUGGACCUGUCGUGACAAUUUCCAAGUUCUCGAGCGAAGAAGACGCUAUCAAAAAGGCGAACGAUUCGGAGUAUGGACUUGCGGCUUAUGUCUUCACUUCAGAUAUGGCUUGCGCUAAGAGGGUAUCAGACUCGCUCGAGCUCAGCAUCGAAGCUAAUGAUAACAUUGAUAGUAUUAGUAACUAUCGCAAUAUGAAGCUGCCCUGGACUCGAAUCAUCCGCUUCAUGGCCUCGGAUGGCCGAGUAUUGCGAGGAGAACCCAUUCUGCCAUUUCCGGAUUUAGAUUUGGGCAACAUCACCGAGUCGGAUCAGUUGAGGGCCAAGGUCAUUGUUGGUGACGACCCCUUCGACACCACAGGUAAGACCAAAGUCAGUGACGAGGUCGUCACGGUCAAGAAACUGCUUGGUCCGUUGGCCAGGGAGGAUGUCCCGGUGCUUCGUUGUGUUGGGUUGAAUUACGCGAAGCAUAUCAAGGAGACGGGCCGAACACCGCCUCCCUUCCCCUUUAUCUUUUUCAAGCCCAACACCACCGUCAUGGACCACAAUGCGCCUGUAGUGAUCCCCAAAAUCGCUCAAGAUGAUCAAGCGGACUACGAAGGCGAACUGUGCAUGGUCAUCGGCCGCGAUGCAAAGGACGUGCCUGUCGAAUCCGCCCUCGACUACGUAGCCGCGUAUACAGCUGGCAAUGACGUCUCCUCGCGCAAACUUCAGCGCGAUCCUACUCUCGCCGGUCAUGUCCCACAAUGGGGAUUCUCCAAGGGUUUCGACACCUUUGCGCCAAUGGGACCCUGUCUCGUGGCAGCCGAGCUCAUCGGUGAUCCGGCCACAUUGCACCUCAAGACCAUCAUCAACGGCGAAACGAGGCAGGAUGAGAGUGUGUCCGAUUUGCUCUUCAACUCGGCCUACUUGGUCUCGUAUCUGAGCCAGGGUACUACGCUGCAGAAAGGGAGUGUCAUUAUGACAGGCACUCCGGGAGGCAUUGGCGCCGGAAUGGACCCUCCUCAAUAUCUCAGCCCUGGCACGAAAAUGGAGGUCUGGAUCUCCAAGAUCGGGACACUUCGCAACUCGGUCGAAUUCGCAUAA